AUGAAUCCCGAAUGGCCCUCCCAGCGGCAUGCGCCCACCUAUCCCCCCUCCGAUUCCACGAUUAACGAGCACCACUUUCAUUCGCCACUGGGCGCCGCCAGCUGGUCCGACGGCUUCUCUCAUGAUCCAGGGUUUCUUGCCUCCCAGGAAGAGCUGCGAUGCAUGCUCUUUACGGUCGCCCAGUCUGCUGUGCCUACGAGAGCCCCAAGUCCGGUUGAACAUGGCCAGGAUGCGGAUGAGUCGGGGCCCCAGAGAGAGCGCACGGUGAUGCGACCGACUCUGUCGAAUGGACGUCGGGUGGAAUAUCUGAAGAAUUACGUCGGACAGGUUGCUCCAUGGCUUGACAUGUUUGAUUCGCAGUGUACUUUUCGUGUCCAGAUCCCGGCCCUCGCGCGUACCUUUCCGGCUCUGCUCAAUGCAAUUCUCGCCAUUUCGGCCCGACAGAUGGAAAGAAAAAAGGGAAUUCAGGAUUCGUUCGACAGCAUCGAGUUAUACCAAGAGGCAAUUCGUUUGCUCAGCCCGCUAUUGCAGAACCCCGACCCGAAGGUGGUUGCAGCUUGCGUUCUACUCUGUUGCUUGGAGAUGAUGUCGGCGCGUGCUCAGGACUGGCGCCGCCAUCUGGAGGGAUGUACAGCCUUAUUCGAUGCCUUUGGAAUUAACGGCUUCAGUAGUGGGCUGCUACGGGCCAUUUUUUGGUGCUACGUCCGAAUGGAUUUAUGUGGUGCACUGAUUUCCGAUGGCACUCAAAGUACGCUUUUGCGACCCAGUAAGUGGCUGGCACCGGAUUGUCAUGAAGACGAUGCGACCCAGCUCUUCCAGGCCGCGGAGUCGCCAGAUAUGCACGCAAAUUAUGCGGUUUACCUUUGUGCAAAGACAUGCGAGCUUGUUUCUGAUCGCACCCAAUUCGUCGAACUGGGUGUCCAGAAUGACUGCGCAGGCGAGGUCUUCAACCGGCGCUGGCUCCGACUAUGGGAGGAACUGCAGCAAUGGGUUCAAAAUCGUCCUCCAGAGCUGCUGCCAGUCCAGAUGACACAGACCAAACCAUUUCCUCAUAUUCUCUUUUUGCACUGGGCGGCCAUCUCCUCGAAUCAGCUUUAUCACACGGCCUGCAUUCUGCUCUUGAACUGUAUGCCCAAGGCCAUCAAAUUGCGCCCUGGGCCAACCGUUUCCCCUCUGUGGCAUGCUCGCCGGAUUUGCGGGAUAUCGCUUGCAAAUCCCCACCAGGGAUGUUUGAACAACGCUAUCCAGCCCCUUUGGAUCGCAGGCCGUUUAUUCAGCCACGUCUCCGAACAUGCUAUUAUUAUCGAUAUCAUCCGGAAAAUAGAGGCCGAAACUGGAUGGGGUGCCUGCUGGCGGAUUCGCGAUCUGGAGCUGGCGUGGGGAUACCAAGUCUCACGGCGUGAGCGAAUGAUGGGACAGCAUCAGUCUCCCACAUCGGCCGCGGGGUGA